AUGUCCUUUUCAUCUGACCAAUUUAUUUCAAAACUAAAACAACUACAGGAUACACAAGAAUCUAUAUCUUCCUCAUCUAAAUGGCUAUUAUCACAAUAUAGAGAUUCAGAUUCUAUUGCAACCACAUGGCAAAGAUAUAUAACUCAAAGAGAUCUAUCUGAUAGAAACCGUCUCUUAGCUGUUUAUUUAGUUAAUCAUGUGGUGCAACAGGGAAAAAGUCAAGGGAUCAAACAAUUCCAAGAGUCUUUUUCUAAGAUCUUGUUACAGACCUUACCUAUAGUUUAUUCACAAUUUCCAAGUGACUUGCAAGGGAAGUUGAAAAGAGUCAUCAAUAUUUGGAAACAAAGAAAAGUGUUUGAUAAAUCAUAUUUAGGGCAAAUAGAAAGUAAAUUGAAAGAUAUUGUACCCAAAAAUUCCGACACAAUCUCCAUAAACAGUGGUAAAAAUCUAUCUAUCCCACCUAAUGUACAACCCAUAAUUGAAUUAUAUCAAAAAUUAAAGAAAAAUAAACAUAAUAUACCUGCUUUAAAAUCCAGGUUCGAUAAUGCAAUUAACGAUUUAGAUCCAAAUAGUAUUGUGUAUGAAGGGAAUUUCAAUACUGUGACAAAGAUUGCUAAAGUUACUCAGGAUACGAUAAAGGAAUCAAUGGGGAAUAGAGAAGAAUUAAUCAAAUACUUACAUUCUUUAUUAAGUGAAGAAGAAAAAAAAUUGGAACAAAAUCGCGUAUUAUUAAAUGAGAUCGAAUUUGCAUUAGAAUCAAAGGAUCCAAAAAGAAUAAAAAAUAAUGAUGGUUCUUUAGAGAAUGGCAAUAAUGAUGUCCUUCCAACUUACGGUAAAAAUGAUAGUGAUAGUGAUAGUGAUAGUGAUAAUAAUAGCGACAAUGAUAAUAAUAGCGAUAGAAAUAAUGGUACUUAUAAGAAGAAACAAAAUGAAGAAUUCAAUGUAAUUAAUAAUAAUGAUACACAAAUCGAUAUUACAAUUGAGGGAAGCAAGCGGGUUUUAGAGGAAGGUUCAAGUAUUAGUGAUUCAGAUGAACCAUCAAAAAAGAAAAAUAAAGCUUCUGACGAAGAUAAUGAAAAAGAAUACAUAAUUGAAGAAGUUCAAGAGGAUGAUCAAGAGACAACUGAGAAUACUAUAACAAGUAAUAUUCAAGACUUAUUAAGUAGGUUAGCAAAUUGA